UACAUAUAUUCCAUAUGAAUUAAAAUAAACGUUCACAUUUUAAUAGAUAUUUGGCGAGUUGAAUUAUUUAUGAAUUACCUUACUAUUUCUUUACUAGUUCUUUAAUCAUUUUGAUCCUUCUUCUCCUUUCAAAUUAAUCCUAACAAAUGAAUUUUUAUCUUUGUCCUCAAGUUUUGCGUUUAUCUUCAGAAUACUUGUAAUACCUAUACUUGUAAUGUAAAAAGUUUUCAAUUAUUAUGAGAUAUAAGUUUCUGUGUCCAUUACAUUUUCAUGUAUGCGAAUGAAACAUACGGAUGAGAUGAGAUGAACACUCGUAGACAUUUAUUCAAUGGAACAUUUAUGACAUCGUUGUCCUUUCGAUUUCGUUUUGCUUUUGUUUCCCUGCUUUAUAUUUGCUUGCGAACAGAAUCUAGAAUAAAAUAGUACGUUUUGUUUCUACAUUUAUAAUUUAUUAUUGUCUUUCUAACUGAUAGAUUGUAUUAUUUAUUAGGUUUUUUGCUACGAUGUAUGUUAAUUUCAUUUUAAAAAACUUAUACAAGAUUUUAGACAAUCCAAUAAUUACUGUAUUACUAUAACCAUAUUUCUUAAGUUUUUUGUGCUGAAAGAGAGUGUAUAUAUUCUCGGAAUGCUAAAAUAAAAUUUUACUUAUAAGAAGUAAACGGUAUGUUAAAAUAAAGUAUUAUUUAUAAAUUGUGUACAAAAAGAUAAAAGAAGACGGUAGUAUCAGGCAUAUAAAAUUAACGGUUGAAAUAUGCAGGAACGAUCAAAGAGUGACGAAACCAAUGAUGUUAAGUAAGGUGAAGGUUUCAGUAGAAUCUUUGACAUAAGUGAAGGAAAUUAUAUGAUACAUAAAAACUAAUACAUAAAACAUAUAAAAUGUAAAAACCAAUACAUAAAAAUACAUAAAAAUAUAUGAAAACGAAUACAUGAACUGUAACGUAUAUGCAAAUAUAGUGAUGAAUAUUUCAUCUCUUCUUGUUCUGAUAGGAUAACAAGAAUAUAUAAUACAACUUUGAGAGAUGGAAUUUAGUAUGCUCGUUCGCAAAUUGCCAUCGUCAUUGGUUUAAUAAUGUUGAAACAAACGGUAGCUUACGUUAGCACAUUAAUAUUGCUACCAAUAUCGGACUCACACACUGUACAGUUUUGUACAGUUUGAACCUUGCACAGUGAGGUAUUUGUCCGAUUUAGCUGGCCAAAAGUCACUUUCGUUAAAUCUGUUCUAGACAUAAACAAAUUGCUAUCUGGUAAAGAUAAAUAGUUAGAGAGUUAAUAAUAUGCCAUUUUUGCUUCUUGCAACGUUGCUAUGCAACGAUUCUAUCAAUCAGAAUUGGAGCAUCUGUAACAGUAAAACGUAUGUUUCUUCGGCGUUCUUGAGAUAACCGAUUUUCAAAAGUUGUAUCUUUACAGUUGAAAGUGAUUAAUUAUGGAUAAUCUUAAAGCAGAUUGAAAACUAUCAUGUUUAGGUUAAUUAUAAAGUCAAUUUUAAUAUAACUAGAAGGAAUUUAUUAAACUUCAGGGUACGUCCCGGCAUUUAUGAGAUAAAUGUGAGUUAUAUAAGAUGAGUUUCCAAUUUGAUGUCAUUUCCCAAGCAAUCUGCGCAGUUAUAUAAGAAGUAUAAAUGAGAUAGGAUAGGAAAUUAUGUCACAGUAUUGUGGAAUUUACGUAUAUUACUUUGUGAUAAAAGUUUCUAAUCCAUUGCGUACUCCAUCAGUUUCGUUCAACGAGAGCGAAUGAGGUGGAUUUAAAUACUAUAUCGCCGCUGGAAUGAUUAGUUUAGAUUCAGUGGUGAGCGAGGAAAGCACUUCAGGAAGCUAACGUGUUGCACGAUCACCAUUCUUAAACGAAGGCGCACAGAACGUUGUUAAGCGUUUAUGUGACUGACUAAUAAAAAUUGUGCAGGACUAGUGUUACCCAUUUUUGCUAUUCGACCAUCCGGACGCUGUCUCCAGCUGAACUGACGAGCACACCGUUAACAAUAAACCGACUUAUUAACAAACAAUGGUGAAACAAAUGGUAGCUUACGUUAGCACAUUAGUAUUGCUGCUAAUAACGGAUUCGUACAGUUUUGUACAGUUUGAGCAUACCUGUUCUGCGUUGAAACAAUGUACAUCAAAUACGGAAAAUUAUUUUGACAAGUGGGCAGAUCCAAAAGACACCUCAGAUAUUAAUUAUUAUAACGAACAUCAUUCUAUACAUCAGGAAGUAUUUUAUCCUAUCAAUUUACCAUUAUUACCCAUACUUUUUGCUCGGUCAGAAUAUCUGCCAAAUGGACAAUGCAAGGAAGAUUCACGACUGUUCUUCAACGAGUUACGAAAUGAAACUUUGUGGGCCGUGCAAAUGUUCGAUUCUUCAUCAAAAUAUCCGGAUGGGAUAUUGUACGGUAAUACGAGGCAUUUAGGUAAUUUUGAUGAAUGUUACAAUUUGCAAGUUGAUGUUAGAGAAAAUAGCGGCAACGAUAAAAUUACUGGUAGAUAUUGUUUAGUCGAUCUUCAGUAUCAAAGGAAAAAUGCAUCAGUGUCUCGUAACAUUGUUCGUAAGCCAUUUAUAUCAGAUUUCGAUCCAAAAGGAACUUUCUGGGACGCGAUAGAGGUAUAUGAAAGAGGAAAUCCUUAUCGCAUUCGUCGAUAUUUCCUGCAAUUAGCUCUUUGCGUACCAUCAGCUUGUAGUGCAGAAGACGUGGAAACAGUGUUAAAGAGCUCUAUAGAAACGAUCAAUAAGAACAAUAACAUCGAGAUACAGAUAACAGUUGACAAAAAUUUUUGCCAAGCGGCUGUAGAAGCAUCUAAUUCUGUUGCUGGCGAAAGGAUUUAUUGCAUUUUAAUGUUGAGUUGGCUGAUUUUAAUAAUCGUUGCAACUUGGUUUGACAAUGAAUUGGAAAAUAAUGAAUCAAGUAUGUCAGGGUUUCGAAAGACUAUACUCUGCUUCUCAGCUCGGAGAAAUUGGAAAAAUAUUUUUCAACAUAAUUACUUUGAUCCAGGGAUGGAUAGCAUACAUCUAUUGCGAUUUUUGUGUAUACUUAUUAUAAUACACAUACAUUUUCUGUUCGAAGUCAUCGUUAUUCCGAUGAAUAAUUUCUCCUAUAUUGAAAAAGUUGUGGUCAACCCAUUGGCUAUAAUCAUUACAAAUGGAUUUGUGCUGACAGAUAUAUUCCUUGGUAUAUCUGCUGUUCUAGUCACAUAUCAGUUACUAAAGAACCUAGAUCGACAGAAACGACUCAAUUUUUUCACCAACAUUCUAUUUAGAUAUUUCAGAUUAACGCCGUCUUACAUGACAGUAAUCUUUUUUCAUGCUUGGGUCUUGCCACAUCUCGGUUCGGGACCUUUUUGGAAGCAUGAAAUCGAGCAAGAGAGCACACGAUGUGCCACUAAUUGGUGAACUAAUCUGUUAUACAUCAAUAAUUAUGUAAAAUCAACAGAACUUUGUAUGUUUCAAUCAUGGUAUUUAUCUGUCAAUUUUCAAUUUUUCAUUCUUAAUCAAUUUAUAAUUUACGCAUUCUGGCGCAUGUCACGUAAAAUCGGAUACUUCUUCCUCGGAACGCUAACGUUUGCUAGUUGUCUGAUACCAUUUAUUGCAGCAUAUUCUUAUGGUGCAGUACCUGUCUUGAUGUACUACUGCACAAUAUUAAGUCAUUUUAACUUUUUCAGCGCGCAUAAACUAGAAGAUAUAACUUAUUUUCUUGAAUAUUAUAUAAAAACACAUAUGCGUGCACCUGGAAAUCUCAUUGGUGUAAUCGCUGGUGCAAUACUUUAUGAUCAUGGAAGAAUAAAAUGGCGACUGUCAAAAUUCUGGUCACACAUACUGGUGAUACCGUUGCCGGUGAUUAGAAUCGCUGCUUUUCACGUAUGGACACAUAAACUCUUUAUACCAUAUGGUAAUUGGUCAAUUUUUGAAAAUGCAUUUUAUGCAUUGUGGUUUAGAUUGAUACCAGCAUUGUGUAUCUGCACAAUGAUAGUUGUACUAUCUACUGGUAGCCAAUUAGAAUUGUAUUAUAAUUUUUUUACUCCUCGCUGGGCUCAACCAUUGGCAGUAUUGACUUACGGAGUCUAUCUCAUCGCUGAUACAUUCCACGUUUUUCACAUUGGACAAACCAGAAGUGCCAAAAUGUUUUCCUGUUUUAAUGUAAUGUGGGAAACUAUGCCGAUUUUAAUUACAUCUUUUGCGGUCUCUUUUUUCAUCACGAUAUGCAUCGAGAUGCCAUUUAGACAAUUGGCAAAACAGUUCUACUCUUCGAAGAAACAAUAAUACUGAUAACAAAUAGUAAUAAAAAUUGUUCAUUCUUGUUUUUUAUAUUUGAUUGUCAUGACCCACCUAAAUUAUUAUAAUAGAAUAGUAAUAAGAAGAGAACGAAGGCAAUGAUAUAUGAAAAUCUUUGCGGCAUAACAAUGUACUUUAAUUACGUUAUUUUCACGAACCCACAAAAAUGUCCCUCUUUGAUUUUGACUUGAAGUAUGUGUAAUGCACAUAAAAGUAAUGGAGACGUAUUUUUGUUUCUAUAAGUGAUCAUACUCAGUUUUGUAGGAGAUAAAAUACCACUGUGACAAAAAUUAUGUUUUAAGUAUUCAGAAAUAAAUGAUUUCUUCAA